AGGGGGGCGGCCGCCAUGUUGGGCCGGGCCGCGGAGGAGGAGGAGGAGGAAGGGCGGGGUCGGGAAGAUGGUGAGUUGGAAGAAGGUGAACUGGAAGAUGAUGGGGCCGAGGAGACCCAGGACACCUCCGGAGGGCCUGAGAGGAGCCGGAAAGAGAAGGGGGAGAAGCACCAUAGUGACUCGGAUGAGGAGAAGUCUCAUCGGAGACUGAAGCGGAAACGGAAGAAAGAGCGGGAGAAGGAGAAGAGGAGGUCGAAGAAGAGGAGAAAAUCCAAGCACAAACGCCAUGCAUCCUCCAGCGAUGACUUCUCCGAUUUCUCAGAUGACUCGGAUUUCAGCCCCAGUGAAAAGGGGCACCGCAAGUACCGAGAGUACAGCCCCCCGUAUGUGCCGUCCCACCAGCAGUACCCGCCAUCGCACACCACACCCCUGCCCAAGAAGUCCUACUCCAAGAUGGACAGCAAGGGCUACGGCAUGUACGAGGACUACGAGAGCGAGCAGUACGGCGAGUACGAGGGGGAUGAGGAGGAGGACAUGGGCAAGGAGGACUAUGACGACUUCACCAAAGAGCUGAACCAGUACCGGCGUGCCAAGGAGGGCAGCAGCCGGGGCCGAGGUAGCCGAGGCCGCGGCAGGGGCUACAGGGGCAGAGGAAGUCGUGGAGGAUCGCGAGGCCGAGGCAUGGGCAGGGGCGGCCGAGGAAGGGGCAGAGGCUCUGUGGGAGGAGACCAUCCAGAGGACGAAGAAGACUUCUACGAGGAGGAGAUGGAAUAUGGAGAAAGUGAGGAGCCAAUGGGAGACGACGAUUAUGAUGAAUACUCCAAGGAGCUGAGCCAGUACCGCAGGUCUAAGGAUGGCCGAGGCCGAGGGUUAAGUCGAGGCCGGGGCCGAGGUUCCAGAGGCCGAGGGAAAGGGAUGGGCCGGGGUCGAGGCCGAGGUGGCAGCCGAGGAGGGAUGAACAAGGGCGGCAUGAACGAUGAUGAAGACUUCUAUGACGAGGACAUGGGCGACGGUGGUGGUGGAAGCUACCGGAGGAGUGACCAUGACAAACCCCACCAGCAAUCUGACAAAAAAGGCAAAGUCAUCUGCAAAUACUUUGUGGAAGGGCGGUGCACGUGGGGUGACCACUGUAAUUUUAGCCAUGACAUUGAGCUACCAAAGAAGCGAGAACUGUGCAAAUUUUACAUCACUGGAUUUUGUGCCAGAGCCGAAAACUGUCCCUACAUGCAUGGUGAUUUUCCCUGUAAGUUGUACCACACCACUGGGAACUGCAUCAAUGGCGAUGACUGCAUGUUCUCCCACGACCCUCUGACCGAAGAGACAAGAGAGCUCUUAGAUAAGAUGUUGGCGGAUGAUGCAGAAGCAGGUGCUGAGGACGAAAAGGAAGUGGAGGAGCUGAAGAAGCAGGGCAUCAACCCCCUGCCCAAGCCACCUCCUGGAGUCGGCCUCCUGCCCACCCCUCCCCGCCCCCCAGGGCCCCAGGCUCCAACCUCUCCCAAUGGCAGGCCCAUGCAGGGUGGCCCACCGCCCCAGGACAUGUACAACAAGAAAAUCCCCUCCUUGUUUGAGAUCGUGGUGCGGCCCACAGGACAGCUAGCGGAGAAGCUGGGUGUGAGGUUCCCCGGACCUGGUGGACCCCCAGGGCCAAUGGGCCCAGGGCCCAACAUGGGACCCCCAGGGCCAAUGGGGGGCCCAAUGCAUCCUGACAUGCAUCCUGACAUGCACCCGGACAUGCAUCCUGACAUGCAUCCUGACAUGCACCCGGACAUGCACCCCGACAUGCCGAUGGGCCCUGGCAUGAACCCUGGUCCGCCCAUGGGACCCGGCGGCCCCCCCAUGAUGCCCUAUGGUCCUGGGGACUCCCCACAUUCUGGAAUGAUGCCCCCUAUCCCGCCAGCCCAGAACUUCUAUGAAAACUUCUACCAGCAGCAAGAGGGCAUGGAGAUGGAGCCGGGCCUCCUUGGGGAUGCAGAGGACUACGGGCACUACGAAGAGCUGCCGGGGGAGCCUGGGGAGCACCUCUUCCCCGAGCACCCUCUGGAGCCUGACAGCUUCUCUGAGGGAGGGCCCCCAGGCCGGCCGAAGCCAGGCGCCAGUGUCCCUGACUUCCUGCCCUCGGCUCAGAGGGCCCUGUACCUGAGGAUCCAGCAGAAGCAGCAGGAGGAGGAGGAGAGAGCGAGGAGGCUGGCUGAGAGCAGCAAGCAGGACCGGGAAAAUGAGGAAGGUGACACUGGAAACUGGUACUCGAGUGACGAGGACGAGGGCGGGAGCAGCGUCACCUCUAUCCUUAAGACCCUGAGGCAGCAGACGUCUAGCCGACCCCAGGCUUCAGUCGGGGAGCUGAGCAGCAGUGGACUGGGGGACCCCCGCCUCCAGAAGGGACACUCCACAGGAGGCCGACUGGCUGACCCUCGCCUCAGCCGGGACCCCAGACUCACUCGCCACGCCGAGGCUUCCAGCGGGUCAGGCUCAGGGGACUCUGGGCCCUCUGACCCCCGACUGGCUCGCUCUCUGCCCACCUCCAAGCCCGAAGGCAGCCUUCAUUCCAGCCCCGCAGGCCCCAGCAGCUCCAAGGGAUCUGGGCCAUCCGCUGCAGAAGAGGAGGAAGGGGAGCGGGCCCUACGGGAGAAGGCUGUGAGCAUUCCCCUGGACCCCCUCCCUGGGCACCCCCUGCGGGACCCGCGGUCACAGCUGCAGCAGUUCAGCCACAUCAAGAAGGAUGUGACCCUGAGCAAGCCGAGCUUCGCCCGCACUGUGCUCUGGAACCCUGAGGACCUGAUCCCCCUGCCCAUACCCAAGCAGGACACGGUGCCGCCCGUGCCUGCUGCUCUGCAGUCCAUGCCUGCCCUGGAUCCCAGGCUGCACCGUGCUACCACUGCAGGGGCCCCCAACGCCCGGCAGCGCCCAGGCCCAUCCACGGACCCCAGUGCAUCUGGCUCCAACCUGCCUGAUUUUGAACUCCUCUCUCGCAUCCUCAAGACUGUCAACGCUACAGGCUCCCCAGCGGGCCCUGGCCCAACUGACAAGCCCAGUGACCCCCGGGUGCGGAAGGCCCCCACUGACCCUCGGCUGCAGAAACCAGCAGACUCCACGGCCUCCUCCCGGGCAGCCAAAUCCGGCCCCUCUGAAGCAUCCUCUCCUGCCUCCAGCCCUAGUGGGGAUUCCUCCCCUCCAGCCACAGCUCCCUACGACCCGCGCUUGCUGGCUGCUGGCGGGCUGGGCCAGGGCGGCGGGGGUGGCCAGAGCAGCGUGCUGAGUGGCAUCAGCCUGUACGACCCAAGGACUCCCAACGCAGGUGGCAAAGCUGCAGAGCCGGCUGCAGACGCCAGCGCCCAGCCCAAGGGCCCCGAGGGCAACGGCAAGAGUUCGGUCCCCAAGGCCAAGGAGCCCCCCUUUGUCCGCAAGUCUGCCUUGGAGCAGCCGGAAGCGGGCAAGGCCAGUGCAGACAGCACAGCCACGGCCACGGACAGGUACAACAGUUACAACCGACCCCGGCCCAAGUCCUCUGCGGCCCCUGCCGCCACUUCGGCCACCCCACCACCAGAGGGCACCGCGCCCCAGCCAGGGGUCCACAACCUGCCCGUGCCCACCCUCUUUGGGACUGUGAAGCAGGCGCCCAAGACGGGCUCAGGAAGCCCGUUUGCUGGCAACAGCCCAGCCCGCGAGGGUGAGCAGGACGCAGGGUCUCUGAAAGAUGUUUUUAAAGGCUUUGACCCCACCGCCUCCCCCUUUUGCCAGUAGUGUUAAGCCAGCCUGAGCCAGCGCUCCCUGCACCCCACCCUUCCCAGGGUGCUAUUUAAGGGCAGCAGCCAGAGUCGGGAACUUGGUGGGCGGGGGAGGGUCCUGGGUGUUCUUUCUUUUUUCCUUUUCUCUUUCUUUUUCCUUUUCUCCUUAAAGUAGUACUUUCUUUGAGACUUACACAUUGUAUAUAACUGUCUUCAGUUCUGGUCAGUGCUGUGGGCUCCUGCGCCAGCGCAGUCCCCAGUCCCCUGGAACUCAGUCCCCAUUGGCAUUAGGCCUGGCCAGGCCUCCAAGGCAGGGCGCUGCCUGGGCAGAGCUCGGCCCCCUCGCACCCUACCCCAGGACAAAGGGAGCGGUGUGUGGCGUCGGCGGAGGUGCUGAACAUGGCUCACCGUGGCGUUGGGAGGGCAGAGACAUAGCCGAGGCCAAGGUGGACUCGCAGAAGCAGGUACAGCAUUGCCAGGACCCCAGGAUACCCCGCGCCAACUCUAGUCCACAGGCCGUGACAACCUACUCAGGAGAAAGUGAGAAGUAUUGAAGAAGGAAAGGAAAGAGCUGUUGGCAGACCCUGGGGACCUCGAGCUUGUGCACUCUCCCGUCUGAAUUCACACACGGGGCCCUUCCUGCUACCCUCCGUCCAGAGUUCCUGAAAGCCGACACCUCCAGGCUGCAGCAGAAGACUCCGGCCAGGGAGAUGGACCUGGAGUCACAGGGCUGGUGGGGCCAGAGCCCCCGAAGAGCCGCCUCCAGGAGGCCUCCCCUUAGAGCGCCGUUUCUGUCAGUAUUACCCGUCCUGUCCUGUUAAACCCCCGCCCUCCUCCCACGCCAGGGGUCUGGGGUCUGGGGUCUGCCCCGUCCUCGGAAGCUACAGCGCCCAGUGCGCCUGCACUGCUGGCCUAGCCCUGGAAACAGCUCAAGGAUCCGUGGUGUGGCCGCUUCAACAGACUCCCAUCUGGGAGCCCUGGGGUGGCCCUUUGGCAAAGUGUUUCUGCUUCUCUGCUUUCUUCGCACUUAAGCUGGGUUAGCUUAGGGCACAAGGUAUUGGGGUGUUUGGUUUUUUUUCUCCCAAACCGACGGCUGCAUGGGUUCAGAGAUGCAUCGUGGUGUUGGGUUUGUGGACACCUCCAGGAAGGGGCGGGCAGCUGCAGCCCAGGCAGGGGCGUUGCUGGGCCCUUUGUAGGAGAGGGGCCCGGACCUCACUGGCAAGUGGGCAGAGGCUGCAUCCUGCUUCCCUUGAGGGAGCAGAAAGGUCUGCACUGGCUGCCUCCCUGCCCCCCAAACCUAGCUGAGGUCCAGCUUCAUCCGCAGAGCCCCUGAGGAGUCUCGCCCUGCAGACAUGGUCUGUGGAGACUGGCCCAAGGGAACAGGUCUUCUCCCUCUGGGUCAUCUCCGGGCCCCAGGAAACCUGUUAACUGUGGGCCAUCUCCUGCCCUUUCUCCCAGUCCCAGCACCUCAGCUGCCUCACCAAAGGCCCCUGUCUUGUCACUGCUAAUAUAUGAGGGAACCUGGUCACCCAGCCAAAGCCUUCCUCUCCCGCCUUCCGAGGGAGGGAGGGAGGGGAACAGGCUCCUGCAGCACCUCAAAAGGAGAAGGUUGGAAACAGUGCGGGCGUGAGACGUUGGCAGGGCAUCCCAUAGGGCCGGCAGCCCCAGCCAGGCAGCGCCACAGUGGGGUCGGUUUGGUUUGUCUUUUUUGGGGUUUGUGUUUUGUUUCAUUUUUUAAAGCAAUCAUUAGUGAGAUUUGUCUUCAGCCACCAGUGUUGGCCUUGAAGCAGAGGGCCACAGCUCUUGAUGGUGUUUGUAAAGUAAGAAUACACAGUGUGGCAGUGUUUGGGGUAUUUUUUUUUUUCCUACUUUGAACAUUUUCUUUUAUAAAAGAAAAAUUAAAUACUUUUAAAAAACCGAAAUCUGUGGAUGAAAUAGAAGCUGGACCCCCUCCUCUUGGAAUAUUUAGCCUAAGAGCCUCAUGGGACUAUGAAUUCACCCAAAAUUUCGUUUGCCAUCAGGCCAAGCUUUUAAAGAAAAAUUGUUCUCUAACCAGGAUUGUAACAAAAGUGUAAAUACUAUUUCAGAGUUGAAAGUUGAUGGUGCAAAUAUGUAUAUAACGUACUGUAUUUUUACAAUGAUCGCAUGACUAUUCCACCCCCCUUUUUGUACUCCAUAUCUGUCUUCCAGAAUCGUCACCUGCCUUUUCUCCUGUGGUCUCUUAAUCCAAUAAUUGUAUUACUGCCAUUAAAGGAUGCAGUUAUUUUAAAAAGCC